AUGGACCUCCAGCAGCUCUUAGCUUCUGAAAAGGAGGUUCCCAUGGUGAAGCAGGAAUGGAGCCCCAUUUGGGUCCAGGAGGUGCCAGAGGCCCCAUGCGUCAAAGAGGAAGAGGAGGAACUUAGGACCAGUCGGGAGGAAGAGCAGCUUCAGCGACCAGAGGAGGCUUGUAUAACCAAUUUCCCAUUCACCUCUGUGCCUGUGGAGAACUGCGGUAAAGCUUUUACUAGAAGAGCACAUAUGAAUAAACACAUGAUAAUACAUACAGGGAAGAAACCUUUUUGUUGCUCGGUCUGUGGGAAGAGCUUUGCUUCAAGAGAAAAUAUGCAGGAUCACAUGAGCAUACAUACAGGAGAAAAGCCUUUCAGUUGUUCUGUCUGCGGUAAAGGGUUUUCUAGAAGAGGAUGUAUGCUGAUGCACAUGAAUAAACAUACAGAUGAGAAACCCUUUAGUUGCUCAGUCUGUGGUAAAGUGUUUUCUCGAAAAAAUUAUGUGCCUUUGCAUAUGAGAAUACAUACAGGGGAGAAACCUUUUACAUGCUCAGACUGCGGCAAAAGGUUUUCUCAAACAAGUAAUUUACGCACGCACAUGAGAAUGCAUAAAGGGGAGAAACCUUUUAGAUGCUCAGACUGCGGCAAAAGGUUUUCUCGAAUAGGUAAUUUACAUAUACACCUGAGAGUACAUACAAUGGAGAAACCUUUUACAUGCUCCGACUGUGGUAAAGGUUUUACUAGAAGAGCACAUAUGAAUACACACAUGAUAUUACAUACAGGAGAGAAGCCUUUUUGUUGCUCGGUCUGUGGGAAGAACUUUGCUUCAAAAGAAAGAAUGCGGACUCACAUGAUCGUACAUACAGGAGAGAAACCUUUUUAUUGUUCAGUCUGUGGUGAAGCUUUUGCUAGAAAAGUUUAUGUUACUACACACAUGAGAAAACAUACAGAGAAGAAACCUUGA